AUGCGGAGGUGGCAUCUGGAUAGCAAACAAUCACCCACUAAACCGAGCGAUAAGCAUACCGGGCACUCACCAUUCCAACCAAAUAGGAGAACUUCCCCCACAUCUUUCCAAUGGGUAAAGGGUCAUAGCGGCAUAGAAGGAAAUGAAAAGGCAGACCGCCUUGCCCAACAAGGAGCAUCGAAAACAGACACGGACGCCAUAGACCUGUAUGUACCAAGGAAUUUUGACCUACAAGGCGCAAAAUUGUCAAACAUAACGCAAAAGUUAGCAUACCAAGCUCUGAAAAACGGAACACACCUAGAAUACAACAGACAAACCCUAGGCCUACUGAGCUUGACAAGAGCCACUAUCGAAUCCAUGACCGCCACAAUCGAGACGGACGAAGUGAUAUGGAGAAGCUGCAGAAAUAAAGACAUUACAAAAAAAAUACAGAUGUUCAUAUACAAAACACUAAACAACAUGUUCAGAAUAGGUGAGUAUUGGCUACAAAUACCCACAUUUGAACAUAGAGCCAGAUGCCAAGCCUGUGGGGAAGUCCCGGAAUUGAUGGACCACAUCCUCACACAAUGCAAUAACCCAACGCGAAAGAAAAUCUGGAGCCUCGCCAGAUCCAUAUGGCCAAGAGCGUCCCGCCUCCUAAAAAUCCUAAUAUCUGAAUCAGCUUAUCUUAUCUGGACACUAAGAUGCGAACGAACAAUAAAAGGACAAAUACAUACAGAAGACAACAUCACCAGCAGGUGGGUAAACACCAUUAACAAACGAAUACAACUAGACCGCGCGAUAGCAGCUCGAACAAAGAGAUCAUCUAAAGCCAUCACACAAGUCCGCCAAACCUGGGCUGACAUAAUAAAAAUAAACAACAACAAAAUAAACCCGGAAAGUACCGAUUGGGUAACAACACUAGAGGUUUUAGUGGGUAUUAAACUACCCAGGCCCUCGCAGACCGAGGCCACCAGGUAG